AUGAGUGACCCUAUGACAUCGGAUUCCACCCCACUUCAGCCCGUGACGGAGGAGCAUCGGAAGCUUGUUUUCUCCUUCCUCCGCAUGCUUCGCACGGUGGACUCACCGAACCCCAGCCGCGUGGAUGCCGUCGCGCAGCUCCUUGGCGAGGAGUACGGCGUGGACCCCGCUGGUGUUGGUGGCGUGCACGACACCGACGUGGAUCUUCUCGCGGUCUUCCGGCAGGCGGUGCAAAAUAACGAGAGCACUCUGCAUGAUGAGAAGUUCCAGGUGUUCCUUGACCUCCUUGUAAAGAAGGGAUACUUUAACAAUGCGGCACCAGGGAGCGAGGAGUACAAGAGCCGGUUGGAAAAGGCGAGACAGAAGUUCGAGAAACGUAACAACCCGUACGAGGGCAUGACCGCGGAGGAGAUCAAGAACAAGGGCAACGACUUGAUGGGUGAGGUCAAGUACAAGGAGGCCAUCGCGUAUUACACCAAGGCCAUCGAAAUGGAGCCGGAGAAUCACAUCUUCUUUGCCAACCGUGCUGCAGCGCACACGCACCUGAAGGAUUACCGCAGCGCCCUGCUGGACUGUGAGCGGGCCAUCGCUAUUGACCCCAACUACCCCAAAGGGUACGCACGCAUGGGCACAGUGUUUUUCUACCAGGAAAAGUACUCGAGCGCCGUGGACGCCUUCACCAAGGCGUGCGAGCUUGACCCCGAGAAUGAACGCUACAAGGAGGAUCUGAAACAAGCAGAGGACAAAAUGAAGCUGAGCGGUAACACUCUGGCAGGCGCUGGUGGUAUGGGCGGUUUCCCCAUGGGUGCCGGGAUGCCUGACCUCUCUCAGAUAUCGCAGAUGAUGAGCAAUCCCCAGUUUAUGGAAGCCACCACACGCAUGAUGGAAAACCCACAGUUCAGUCAGAUGGUCGCCAACAUGGCCUCCCGGUUCGGCGGGCCCAACGCAAAUCCCGAGGAUCUCGCACAACUUAUGAGCGGUGCGAAUGCCCACCAGACUGAAAAAGACGGCCGCGUGGCGACACCGUUUGGAUACAUCAACCGUGAAGCCCUGGAGAAGCUCCAGCAGGAGGAGGUGCAGAAAAACCCAAAGUUCCGCGAAAUCAUGGAGGACGUACAGCAGAAUGGCUUCGGUGCCUUCCAGAAGUACAUUGGGGAUCCGGAUGUGAUGGAUCUUAUGAUUAAAUUUCAAAAUGUCGUGAUGGGUGGGAGCGACAACGCAACCUCUUGA